AUGCAUGUAUUUUCACGUGCUAAUGGGUAUAACUCCCAGUUUCACCUGCAUAAUGUUGGCUACAAAUUAUAACAACUUAAGUAACCUAAUAAUUAGUAGAAAUAAUUAAUAGGUUAAUACAGUCAUAGUUUGGAAAAUUAAAUUAGCGCGCGACUUUAAUUUGCUGUAUGGUGCACCAAGAUCAGUAAGUAACUAUUUAUUUUUUGUGCAGACGGUAUGCCAAGACGUCUUCUAAUUUUGAGGAUGAUCAUAUGAAAAAAGGCAUAGAUGAAAAAGCAGAGGUAAGUUAAGCUUGUAACAAUAUUCCAUGCUGGUGAGAUAGAAAAAAACGAAUAAUGAUAUUAGCAUUCCCUGAUCACAAUUAUAUAAUUGAAGCACAGUUGUGAUAACCUUUUGCCGGUGUUUCAAAAUACAUAGUCAUUAUUGAUAGACCUGCAGUGAAAGAGAUUCGGUGAAAUAUUUCCAGAAGUGAUUAUUGCCGAUGCCGGAAAUAUUUACCAAUUUCUCAAAAAAGACAAAAUACUCUAAAAAUUGUCGAUCGAAGAUUCAAAAUCAGUGUUGUAACAAGUCGAGUUAUCGGACACGAGUCGCUAUUUUCAUGUUAUUAAUUGACUAAAGUAAUGACUGACUGCGAGCCAGGGUACUGAACCAUUACAGAAAGUGUGGGGUGGACUUAACCAAAUUCUCAGACUCAACUCAAGUUUAGUUAUUGAUUCGACUCAUCUUGAACAAUGCAUUGACUUGAACCGAAUUCAAUUCAACUCGUAACUCGACCUUGGCGUUUGACCGACGACCUUUAACUAACUAAACUAACUACUUUUUUGCCUCCCCCCCCCCCCCCCCCCACCGCAGGUCAAAGUCGAUCCUUUUCUAUAAAAAUUAAGCAAAACAUUGGAAGAAAAAUGGAAUUUAGAAGGGAGGUUUGAAUAUUAAUAACAUGUCGUGCCUUGACUUUUGUCUCCAAAUGAUUCAAUGUCGUUUAAAAAUGCUAAACUUUGUAUUGUAUAUGCCUUACGUAAUAUCCCAGACCUUAUAGAUUUGAGUUGUUGGAAGGCUAGCCGGCUAGGUUAAAAAAGUUAGUGACCGAGUCAGUGCUUCCAUUUCCAAAAUCAAAAUUUCCCAUUUUUGUCAUCAAAUUUUCUCUAAAUUCCUUAGAUUGAAUACGUUAUUUCCUUGAAAUUUCCUUGAAAUUUUAUUAAGCAGUUUGCAGUGAUUUUGUAGCAAUACAAAGGAUUUAAUUAAUUUUAAAGGCCAAAAAUAGGACAAUUAACACAGAUGUGGGCUAGCUAAAAAUCACAGGCUAUUAUACAAUUUAAAUAUUAAAUAUUUGUUAUGAAUUUACAACAUAUACAUUUCCACUGAUAUAAUUAAUUAACUAUUCAAAGUGUUUGGCGCCAAAAGUUACUAAAUCCCAUCGCUCAAAAACUUUCGUAUGUUUUCGGAGACAUGAAGAAAAAGUUAUAAACAGAUUUUUAAUUAAACGUAAUUGACAAUUCACUCAAUAAUAAAAAAAAAUGGUGAAACCUUCUUCUGCACCAAUGCACUUGGAUGAAUAUCUAAGUUUUUCGGAAAAAUCCUCAGAUUUCCUUAGAUUUUUUCUCUUCCUUAGAUUUUCCUUUUCGACCAUAGAAUUUCCUUAGAAAAGGAAAUUUCCUUGAAAAUGGAAGCACUGGACCGAGUUGUGGUAUUUACAUAAACAUGCAUAUAGCCUACCAUGAAGAUUCAGUCUAUCUACAGUAUAAUGUAUUAAUUUAAAACGCUGUAUAUCCAAACGUUUGUUUCAGAAAACGUGCUAGGAGUGGGAAAAUACAAAACGUUUCUGGUUUUUAGUGGGGGUGUUGGAUUCUACAUAAGUAAUACUGUUAACUCGUGUAGUAUUAAUUACAACUGCAUGGUAUUGGUUGGUUGGGUCGACGAAAAAACAAUACAAACAUAAUAGGAUUGUUUUGGGUGCAUGUAUUUUAUACGUCUUUUAACGUAAACUACUAUAUAGUCUGCAACAUUUUGGGAAACGAUAUUGUUUACAGUUCGAAAACUCUUAUCAGUUAUCAAAACUUCGCGUGUAUUUUUCCUUACUAUCAUGGCUGUUUUACUGCCUGGCAAAAUAUUUCCAUAGCUCACGAGCUAUAUAUUGUAAAAAACUUUUUACUGGGUUGUUUGCAAAAAGUAAACAAAAAAUGCUCAUAUUCAUGUUUACGCUCUUUAUUUCUAGACUAUAUUUUACCUAUACACUAAUACAUCGGUAAAGUCUGCAUCCAUAAAGAGAUGUGAUGAAGAUAAAACAACGAAAAUGACCAAAACAAAAUUUCCAAAGGAUGAAAUAGGUUAUUUAUGGGAAGCAAGAAUUAGUUCCACUUCCACUGCUGACAUUCAGUACUACUACACGUUAGAACGAAAGUACAACAGUUCUACAUUAAGUGAUAAUACACUUCGAUGUACUGAACCAAGAUCAACCAAUUACGAUAGUUUUCAUGAAAAAAAUUAUUCUUGUCCCUUCUCAGAACGGGCGACUAUCUGCUACAGCAAGUGGUUUUUUGAAACGGUCAAUGAACUACAGAACUUCGAUGCAUAUCUAACUGCGAUAAAGAGAAUGAAUUUUAACUUUCAACAGCUAGAUUCGAAAGUUUUAAAAACGUUUGUGAGUUGGAUUUUUGAGCAAGAGACGAAGGACAAUAUUCCAAAAUGUCUGUAUUUGGGAGCUCUCCUAGCUCUGGUAGAUAAGAACAACGCUUUCGAUUGGCAGAGAAAGUCUGACGAGCAUUUAUGUAAGCGGUUUGCUGACCAUUUCCUUGACGUCCUACGAACGCAAGAGGCAAUUUUUCUAUUGAACGACAGAAAAACCCUAGUAAACUCUCUGAUACGUCUCGCCCCCAAAUUGGUGAACGCCAGCAGCUUCCCUAGAUGGAUUUCGUAUGUCACAUCAUUUUACCCUUACUUUGGCGUGAAGCAGAUAUUAUCGGAAAGUUUUACAUUUAAAAAGGGCCCGGAAUAUUCGCAAGAAAAAUAUGUUGAGUUAGUAGACUGGUUAACCCAACAUAUGACCCGUGAUCAUGCGAAGGAUUUGCAAGAGAAGUUUCUUCAAAUACUCGAAAGAAUCUUGUUCGAAGCACCUGACAUGGACGCUGUUGUUUCUUUGUACAAUAAUAGCGCGUUCUUGAACUUGUUCCUUAAAGGAAAAGAACAAACUGAGGUAUUUGGAAAAGUGUUUAUAAAGAAGGCCAAAGAUAUCUUAAUAGAUAACAAGGGACGCCUUUCUAAAGCGCUAACAGAGAUUCCAAAAAUACCUGAUAAAUUGCAGAAGCAGUCAAUCAAAGCCAUACUUCUAGAUUUCAUUGAGCUUCCCUCAUCCGAUUCUUCCGAUCGUGACAAGGAGAACAAUUCUUCUGAUUUCUGCAAUGAAAUGUCUCGUGAGAAUCGUCUGUCUCUUGGAGAAAUUACAUCUGUCAUCCAUGCUUUGGUGACGUCCAAUCAACUUCAUUGUCAUGGUAUAUUUUUACAUCUAUUGACUAGCAAUUUUUAUGAAAUGUGGUGGGAAAAGUUGGGUAAAGAUCAACAUGUCUCUAUUUUAUCCAAAUGGAUAGCAGUGGAUCUUGCUGACCACCCAAGUAAAGCAUUACAAUGUCAGCCUCGUGAUGUAUUCGAACGAGCGGCAGAAUUGGAAAGGUUGAACAUUUUCAGCGUUGGUUUAAUCGAAGAAGCAUGCUUUAAAGGAUUCGAGAGAAAAAAUAAAGAUGCAAAUAACUUUACACUUGCUUCAAUGCUCGAAGCCUUGGCCACGAUUGAAGGGCUAUCCCAGCCCCUCCAAGAAUGUUACAAGAAACUAUUUGGCUCUAUGCUCAAAAAGUCGUCAGCAGUUAAGGAGGAUAUUAUUUAUUGUAGCAAAAAGAAGAGUUGGUGCACCGAUAUCCCGCAGAAAAUUUCAAGGUGGGCAUUAAUUUUUAACCACGAGCAUUAA